AUGACAGUAGGACUAGCAGCACGAAGGGAGUCAGAGUCCGGACACUGCACCACUGCCCCUCACCCACCACAGCACCUCCACGACUGUGUGAUUGCUGCCACUCACCCCACCACACCACUCCACAGCGGCGCGGCACCUCAAUGCGUGUUACACAUCCCUCUUCCCCCCCAACCCCGUCCUCACCAUCCCCACCAGGCGCUGCACCACUGCCUCACGCACCACGGCAGCUUUGUUGUCUGGCUGCUGCCGCUCACCCCGGUGGACUACCUCUCUGUGCCGCCCGACAUCAAGCCGGGCUUCGCCGACCGCUUCCUGCGUGCCUACGAGGCCCGCCGCCCAUCCGCAUCCCAGCUGCUGCUGCAAACCUUUCUCUUCCUCGGUUUCCCGCAGGUACCUCUCCAGGUGCUCCACAGGUCCCCUCUCCAGGUGCCUCACAAGUCCCAUCCCAGACCGCGCAACUCUCUUCAUCUCUCGCCUUCCUUACUGUUUCUCUCGCAUACCAUGAUUGCUCCCUCCUCCUCCCACCGCCUUGGAUACAUCCAAUGCGUGCCAUCCUCCCCUCCUCUGACAACUCCUCAAUGCCUUUCCUCCCAUGUGCUGCCUCCCAACGCCUCUGCUCUCCUCAUCCAGCGAUACCAGCGCCGCACCAACCACUCUGACGGCGUGUCCCUCAGUCCUUAG